CUCCUCCUUCGAGCUCAGAGGCUGGAAGAUGGCGCGUCGCGUCGGUGGCUGUGCCACGUCCCUCUGCCGCGGAGCGACCCCGCUGCUCGUACCUCCGUUGCUGCUGCUGCUGCUGCUCCUCGCCUACGCCGGACCCAGCGCCGCUGGUCUCUACGGCCCCACGGACCAGAUCGUCAUCCUGCAGGCGGACAACGUGCGCGCUCUGAUCCUCAACGCCUCGAGCGCCUGGCUCGUCGAGUUCUACGCUUCCUGGUGCGGCCACUGCCAGCGCUUCGCCCCGUUAUGGAAGGAGCUGGCCAUGGACAUCAGAGAAUGGAAACCUGCAAUCAAUCUGGCAGCCAUCGACUGUGCCGAUAUCACCAACCGCUACACUUGUGCCAAUUUCGAGGUGGAUGGAUACCCAACUCUGAAGUUCUUCCCGGCUUAUUCACCGCCUGACUCUGUGGGAGAACCAGUCAAAGCUGCAAAACGGGUGCAGAGCCUGAGGCAGAAAAUCAUCACGUUACUGGAGACACAUGGAGAGUCAUGGCCUCCUGCCUGCCCACCUCUUGAGCUUAUCACUCAGGCAGAACUUGGCAGCUUCUUUGAAACAAACAGCGUUGAGUAUUUGGCUUUGGUGUUUGAGAAAAACAGCUCAUUUAUCGGACGAGAGGUCACCCUAGAUCUGCUACAGUUUGAGAACAUUGCUGUGCGAAGAGUCCAGGACACUGAAGAAGCGUUAGUCUCCCAGCUGGCAGUUACCGACUUCCCCUCUUGCUACCUUUACUACCCCAAUGGAACGCACACUCGGCUCAGUGUGCAGAUAGAAAAUCGAUGGUUCUACACGUAUGCCCUCCAGAGCUUACCUGGAGUUGUGCGUGGAGGCUAUAAGAACAUUGGCAUCUCUGGUGUGGAUAAUGCCACCAUCUCGGAGGCCUGGCAAGAGUUUGACAGGUCCCGGAUCUACAUGGCUGACCUUGAGUCAUCAGUGUCCUAUGCACUUCGUGUAGAAGUGGGGACUCAUCGGGUCCUGACAAGAAGGCAGCUGUCAGCACUUAAAAGCUAUGUCUCCGUCUUGGUCAAGUACUUUCCUGGACGCCCCAUCAUGAUGAACUUCCUUCAGGUCCUCAACAGCUGGCUGAAAUCCCAUACAGAGUCUGAACUGCCAUACAGCACCCUGGAGAAAGAAAUGGAAAAUGGAUUUGAUGUACCCAACUUGGCUCUUCCUCCAACAAUAAAGUGGGUGGCCUGUCAGGGAUCUCGGUCACACUUCAGGGGGUACCCAUGCUCCGUCUGGACCCUCUUCCACCUGCUCACGGUGCAGGCUUUGCAGAAUGAGAAGGCUUCCGCACGAGAUGCAGAUCCUCAGGAGGUUCUCAAGGCCAUGCUGGGUUACAUCAAGAAUUUUUUUGGUUGCCGGGAGUGUGCUUCCCACUUUGAGAGCAUGGCGACGGAGUCCAUGAGUUCAGUACGGAGCCUUGAACAGUCGGUCCUGUGGCUCUGGCAGCGUCACAAUCAUGUCAACAGCCGUCUUGCAGGUGCACCAAGUGAGGAUCCUAAAUUCCCCAAGAUUCAGUUUCCACCUCCCGAUGUCUGCCUGGCUUGUCACAGUGAACUGAACGGUGAACACACCUGGAAAUCGGACGAAGUCCUGCAGUUCUUGAAGGAACGAUUUUCAGCAGACCGCAUCCUCAAUGACUACCUCGAAGAAGAGUCACAGAUUUUAGCCAAGCAAAAAGAGAAAUUAGCAGCUCAAAGGCAAGCAGAAUCUGACAGAUUAGCACAGGAGAACCAGAAGUGGGGCCAGGAGCCAGUGGUGGGCUUGGCAGUAGAAGGGGGCAAAGAUGAACCAGAAGAGGAAGACCCAGGAAUCCCACAAGAACAGAGGGAUGAAGCUCCCAUGGAGGAGGUGGACCUGGGAAGAAAUCGCAAGCCUAGUAUUGUCAAGGGCAGCCUGAGACAUAGGGAGACAGAGGAUGAUAUUGUAGACUUGGACACUUUUGUCGACCAGCAUUAUAAAAGUAAAGCGCUCCAAGCUGCAGCAAGAAAGCGAUCACUGAGCAAACGGGAAGAAAGACACAAGCAACUUCAGUUUCAGACUGAAGACUUGGACCUAAAGGAUGACAUGGCACUUCACAGCCACCUGAAGAAACGAGGGCUAUCAAGUAAGCGUUUAAUGGUCAAUGAAGAGCUCCUGAUAAAUGAGCACUGGCUGUCUGUGCUUAGUGUGGGCUUCUCUCGUCUGGAUGUCAGUCUCUGUGUAUUACUCUAUCUGCUAUCCACCAUGUGUCUUCUGGGGAUGUACAUGUUCUUCAAGCUGAGAUUACGCAUGCGGAAACAGAAGCAAGCGCUGGCAUGAAGGAUUUUCUUUUGUAAUUUCAUAUUCAGAAACCAAAUGAACUUCUGUGGGCUUGGGUGCUUAUUGUAGUAGGUGGGUAGAGAUAGCAAUACAUCAAUCAAAGUUGAAAAUUCUGUUCCCAUACUGGAAAACUGACCAACUUGGCCAUCAAGCAAUUAAAAAAGCCCCCCAGUUGAUUUACUAUGCACUCAGACGAGAUAGAGAGAGGUUGGGGGUGGGGUUUGGGGUUUGUGGUUUUGGGGUGUGAAGACACUAGCUGCUAUCCCUAAUUUUUAAUUUCAGUUUUCCAGGUGUACUUGGCUGGACAUAUAGGUCCAUUUUCAGGAAAUUGCCAAAGCUGUUUACUCCCUUAAAAUAAUGUGAUUUCACUUUAACCCUGUGCAGAUGUGAAUUUUUUUUUCUCUUGAAAUAGAUAUAAAGACAAUUCUGUAAAUUAUAAAAUUGAUGGUGGAGACUUUACUUCUUGUGAUGGGACAGAGAAUGUAAGAGGGAAUACUUCGGGACAUUAAAUGUUCAUUGAAAUGAGCAA